CAACCACGGCCUUGCGCCAUCCCAGCCGCACGCGCCACGGUGAGCGAGCAGAGAGCACCGACACCACUCGGCAAUCUCGCCGGAGGGAGCAGAGCAGCGGCGCAGCGCGGUCUGCCGCUCCGGAGGAAUGGCCACCGUGGUGAGGGCAUGCAUGCCGCUCCCCACCCCACCGGUCCCCGUCGCUUCCUCAUCUGCCGCUCCCUCCACGGACGCGCAGCGGAGGUCCCCCGGCGCCCGCGUGCUCGUGCUCGGCGGCACUGGCCGCGCCGGGGGAUCCACCGCCACCGCGCUCUCCAAGCUCCGCCCCGACCUCAGCAUCCUCAUCGCCGGCAGGAACCGGGAGAAAGGUCAGUCUUUGGCAUCUAAACUUGGAGACCAAUCUGAGUUUGCCCAAGUUGAUAUUUGCAAUACAAGCAUGUUGGAAGAAGCACUAAAUGAUGUGGAUUUAGUUGUUCAUGCUGCUGGACCUUUCCAAAGGGAGAAUGAGUGCACUGUAUUGCAGGCAGCAAUAGCAACCAAGACAGCAUAUAUUGAUAUUUGUGAUGACACGGACUAUUCAUGGAGAGCAAAAGGUUUUCACGAACAAGCAAAAGCUUGUGGUGUCCCAGCUAUUACAACUGCAGGCAUCUAUCCUGGAGUGAGCAAUGUGAUGGCUGCUGAGCUUGUCCAUGCUGCUAGGAGUGAAGAUGCUGGUGAACCUGAAAGACUAAGAUUCUUUUAUUAUACUGCAGCCUCUGGUGGUGCUGGCCCAACAAUAUUGGCAACGAGUUUCCUGCUUCUUGCGGAGGAUGUAAUCGCAUAUAACAAAGGAGAAGAAAUAAAAUUGAAGCCCUACAGUGGAGCUCUCAGCAUUGAUUUUGGAAAAGGGGCCAGGAAGAAAGAUGUUUACUUGCUGAAUUCGCCAGAAGUGAAAAGUGCUUAUAAGGUUUUAGGUAUGCCUACUGUCAGCGCUCGCUUUGGAGUUCUUGAGGGAUACAAGGUUCUAAAAUUGGUCAAAUUUGUUGAUCCUUUUGUUAGAGCUAUCGAUGGCAUUGCAGGAGAGCGUGUUUCCAUGAGAGUAGACUUAGAUUGUUCAAAUGGACGGAAUACUAUCAGAUCAUUCUCUCAUAAAAAGUUAUCUGUAUCGGUGGGCUAUGCAACAGCGGCAUUUGUUCUAGCAGUUCUUGAGGGCAGCACACAACCAGGAGUUUGGUUUCCAGAAGAGCCUGAUGGAAUAGCAAUUGAGUCAAGGAAGGUGCUCCUUGAGCGGGCAUCUCAAGGAACAACAAACUUUGUGAUGAAAAAGCCACCCUAGAUGACAGAGACUGAUCCAAAGGAAGUUGGGCUGGGAAUAUAUGUGUGAUUGUGUGAUAGAAACUGUAUACUUGACUCCCUAUAUAAAAGUUCAUACCUCUAUUAUAAUUUUGCCCAAAUCUUGGAGCAAUUACAAUGUUCUAGGGUAUGAGCAACUAUAGCAAAUUAGCAACUGGGACGGAGCAAUCAGUGUUAUUUACUAGUUAAUGACCCUUUUUUGGAUAUGCCUGUAAAUGAUAGAACGACUUUGUAAUGCUUCUAAGAGCAUAGAGUGGCGAUGAAAUGAAUUGAAGCAACACAUCAUACAACCAAACAUGGUCAGAAUUUCGAAGAAGUGCCUGCGAAACUUCAUUUGGAAGUUGGAACACGGAAAACUGCCCCUUUGUCUUGGCAGAAAUGAAUUGUGAAACACCUCAAAAUUCCUUGCGUUCCAAUCGAGCAUUAAUGAAUAAAACGAAAUGUCCUUAU